AAACAAGUGAAUAGAGCUCAAAACAAAAGUUGUCUCGGGGGUAUUAUAAACCCUUGAGGAGACAGAGCAAGAAAGGAGCAAAAUGGCAUCGUCCCUGACGAGGGGAGUGAAAUGUGUAGCAAAAUCAUCAUCAUCAGUGUCAGCUGGUUGGGAAUGGUUGUUGGUUUUGCGAAGCUCUUCUAACCGUUUUUACGCUGCUGCCAAAGCCAAGGCCUCUUCUUCUUCUUCUUUGAAUGGUGCGACGAUGAGAGAGUCCUCGAUUCCGUCAUCAGAAAAAGAAGAAGACUUGGAGGACCUAGUUCCCACCUCUGGAAUCAGCCGCCCUCUCUCUGAAAUCCUCAAAGAACUCAACAAGAAAGUCCCCGAUUCCCUCAUCAGGGUUCGCACCGAAUCUGAUGGCUUCCCCGUCAAAUACAUCCCCUG